AUGGCAUUAAGAAUCAUUUCCAAGGAAACCCUCAUUCUGACUAGAAUUCUACAAGAUAUAACAACCAGAGGCCCAACUUUGCAAGAUUGGGAUGGAGGCUGCGCUGGACGUGCCAUCUGUAACAAAUCAGAAACUACAUUUCCCAGCAUCCCCGUGGUACCAGAACUACUUUACCUGAAAGCCUCAGCGAGAUUGAGCCCUCUUCCGCAACCUCCGGUCUCCCACUGCGAGAACUUGAGGGGUCGCUGGCUGUGGUGGCUCGUGUGCCCCUCUGGGAGCGGAGACAGCUGGGCUUCAGCACCCCGCGGGCGUUUCUCGAAGGCCCCGCGGAGAGAUUACCUGACCACCACAACUAGGGAAGGAUACAAGAGGAGACCAGUGGAUAUAACUCCUUUAGAACAAAGGAAGCUAACAUUUGAUACUCAUGCAUUGGUUCAGGACUUGGAAACACAUGGAUUUGACAAAGCCCAAGCUGAAACAAUUGUAUCAGUAUUAACUACCUUAUCAAAUGCCAGCCUGGAUACUAUUUAUAAGGAGAUGGUUGCUCAAACUCAACAGAAAAUAACAGUACAAAAGCUAAUGGCUCAUUUGGAUUCUAUCAGAAAAGACAUGGUUAUACUAGGAAAAAGUGAAUUUGCAAAUCUGAGAGCAGAGAAUGAGAAAAUGAAAAUUGAAUUAGUCCAAGUUAAGCAACCGCUGGUGCAUGAAACCAGUCGAAUCAGAGCAGAUAACAAGCUGGACAUCAACCUGGAAAGGAGCCAAGUCACAGAUAUGUUUACAGAUCAAGACAAGCAGCUUAUGGAAGCCAACACAGACUUUACGAGAAAGGAUACCCAAACAAAAAGUGUUAUUUUGGAGACCAGUAAUAAAAUUGAUACUGAGAUUGCUUCCUUAAAGACACUGAUGGAGUCAAACAAAAUUGAGACAGUUCGUUAUCUUGCAGCCUCAGUGUUCACUUGCUUGGCAAUAGCUUUGGGGUUCUACAGAUUCUGAAAGUACCACUAGCACUCCCUCCCUCUGC